GACUAUUCUAACAACGUUAAUAGAUCCUUUAUCCCAUCUAAUUUAAAGCUACAAACAAGAUAAUUACAAUUCCAGAUUGCUCCAAUAGCUAUUGACAUGUCUAGAAUAUGAACCAAAUCCUUGCUUACGGCCAUCACAACUGUUGGAAUAGGAAGUGAAUCCUAGGCCGAGCUCAUUGAUAGCUCGUGCACAGGUUGAAAACACCUUUCACCAGCGGUAGGUGCGGUGGAUUUUGAAGCUCUAUUCAAUUACUUUACUGAUGGUGGCAUAACUUUUCCGAGGCAGCGAGGCGUGGAACUACUCUGCAGCUUUCUAUUCAGGCCCGUUUGGAAUCAGCUGGAUCGGCUGAAAGGGCUGAAAAGCCUGAAUAGACUAAAUCUAUUGGGGUGAAAGUGUUUGGUAAUAUGUUGGCUGAAAUGGCUGAUUGAAGGAGUCAAAGGGGAUGCGCAGCAGAGUCAAUUAUCUAAAAAAAAUCCAGAUUGCAAUGUCUGUGGUUAUGAUUCUGAACACGAAAAAAAAAAAAAAACAGUUCCCUCCUUCACAGUCGAGCAAGAAUUGAGGCCUGAGGGCCGCAACAAUUGAAGAAGAAGAAGAUAGAGGCCAGGUCACUUACCUUUAGAUCAAUAUGGAGAAUCCAAUAUGGCGCAGUUGAGCAGGAAGUCAUCGACCUGGACCAAAGUAUGCGAAGCCGGGGAAGAUGUUCUCGUCGCUGGGCCAAGCAGAUGCGAUAAUAAAAGGGUAAACCAGUACUUUGGGUGGGCAACGGAUAUAUUAAUAACUUUCAGCCGAAAAAGUAACUCCAUGGUUCCUUUUCUGGCUGAUAAGAAAAAACAGCCCAAACAGCCCACUUGGCAUGUGUUUGGCUUUAUUUUUGUACUUUCAGGCUUUUCAGCCCAAAAUCAGGCCUCCAAACGCCCCCCUAAGUUGAAAAGGAGAAAUUAGAAGAAGAUGACAUGCUUUAGAUUGAAAUGUGUUAACACUGGAGCACCGUUAAAAUGAAAUGGGUUAGUGGG